AUGAGGGCCCCUGCUCUCCUUCUUGUUGCUGUCUCCUCUCUGGGGGCCCCUGCUGCUGCUCUGCGGAGACUGUCUCCUUCCUUAGAGACAGCGCUGUACCCUGGGGCCCCCCUACAUGAGCAGCAGCAGCUGCAGCACGGGUUGAGUUUGCUGCAGCAAGCAGCAGAAGGUCAGAUGAAAGGAGACACCCCGGAGAUGGAGGCAGAGGCAGAGACAGAGACAGAAGGAGGAGACAUAGAGCAGACCCUUACACCACAAGAACAGCAGCAGCAGCAGCAGCAGCAGCAGCAGCAGCAGCAGCAGCAGCAAGAACAGAAACAAAUGCAGAACAGCACUGCUGCAGGGACACCACAGACUGAAGCAGAGAUAAGUGGAGAGGGGACAGAGACAGAAGACCUCAAAGAGAUCGCAGCUACAGCAGAGGAGACAGCGACUCCUGAGGGCCCAGCAGAAGCAGCAGCAGCAGCAGAAGCAGCACCAGAAGCAGCAGAGGAGACACAGGAAGAGAAGGCUGAGGAAAUACCUCAAGGCGAGCAGGAAGAGACAACAGGGAUAGAGACAGAGUCUGCUGCAACAGAAGCAACAGAAGCAGCAGCACAACAGGGGGCCCCCCAACUCAAGCCAGAGGGGGGCCCCCAGACUGCUACGCAGCAGGGGCCCCCAGGAGUCCCCACCGCAGCAGGGACCUCAGCAGCAGACGAGGAGACAGCAGCAGGGGCCUCAGCAGCAGACGAGGAGACAGCAGCAGGGGCAUCAGCAGCAGAAGAUGAGAUGGAAGCAGGGGCCUCAGCAGCAGAAGAUGACAUAGCAGCAGGGGCCUCAGCAGAAGAGGAGGAGACAGAAGCAGGCGUUCCUCAAAUAGAAAAGGAGACAGCAGCUGCUGCUGCACCAGCACCAUCACCAGCAGCAGCAGCAGCAGCAGCAGCAGCAGCAGCGCAGCAGCCUCUGCAGCAGCCCGCCAGCCAGCAGAGGGGCCCUCCUUCAAGCGUUGAGGCCCCUUCCGCUGGGGCCCCCGAAGCACCUCAGGGCCCCGCUGCAGCAGCUGGGGGCCCCCCAGGGUUCGUUUGGGGCCCCCCCAGAGCAGGUAGGGGCCCCCAAGAGGGCCUUGGGGGCCCCCCAGGGUUGGUUCGGGGGCCCCCCGCAGCAGGUGGGGGCCCCCUAGAGUCCAGUGGGGCCCCCCAAGAGGGACAGGUGGCCCCCCAAGAGGGACUGGGGGGCCCCCAAGAGGGACCGGGGGGCCCCCAAGAGGGACCGGGGGGCCCCAAAGAGGGUGGGGGGGCCCCCGAAGAGGGAAAGGGGGCCCCUGAAGAGGGUAAGGGGGCCCCCUCAUUGUCUCGGACGAGUCUGCUAACUCGUCGCUUCCUUUCUCGUGGGCGCUCUGUAAUAGGGGCCUUGCAGCGUGCAGAUUUGCUGCAGACAUUUAAGAGAAGAUCUGCGGAUAUUAAACCCAGCAGAGGCCUUAUGCACCAACUCGCAGAAAGGUUUCGAGCUCUUAGGCAGCAAGUCGCACAGGCUAGAGCUCUGCAGCUGCAGCAGCCGCUGCAGCAGCAGCAGCAGCAGCCGCUGCAGCAGCAGCAGGUGCUCCAGGGAGAAGAAGAACAGCAGGAGCAGCAACAGCAACAACAGCAGCAGCAGCAAACGGAAGCACCACCAGCGAACACGGUGUAG